ACUCAAAAUAAAGGAACCUACAACAACUUUCCUAACCCAGAUAAGCUCUACAAAUUUUGUUACUUUUCUUGCUCUCUUCCUCCACUCUCCUUAUAUAAAAAAAUAAAUAAAUAAAAAUUGACACAUAGAGAAACACAGAGUUCUCACAAAAGGGUUUUUGAUUUUCUCUCCAUUUAUGCAACUUCGUACAAAAUUAAUAGCAACCCAAGUCUCAAUUGAUAAAGUUCAUUAGUGGGUGUUCUUGCUUUUUGGUACUGCAUUUGGGUGGUGUUUGUUAGGGUAUAUGAUGAGAUGGCUACCACAACAAAGUUCAUUAAAUGUGUAACUGUUGGAGAUGGAGCUGUUGGGAAGACUUGCCUUCUUAUCUCAUACACCAGCAACACAUUUCCAACUGAUUAUGUUCCAACUGUUUUUGAUAACUUCAAUGCCAAUGUGAAGGCUGAUGGGCAGACUGUGAAUCUGGCUCUCUGGGAUACUGCUGGUCAGGAAGACUAUAACAGGCUGAGGCCUCUUAGUUAUAGAGGAGCUGAUGUUUUCAUCCUUGCCUUCUCUCUCAUAAGUAGGCCUAGCUUUGAGAACAUAAUGAAAAAAUGGGUCCCAGAGUUAAGGCAUUAUGCUCCAUCAGUGUCCAUUGUGCUGGUGGGGACCAAACUAGAUUUGAGAGAAGAUAAGCAGUUCCAAAUGGAUUAUCCAGGGGCAUUUACUAUUUCCACUCAACAGGGUGAAGAACUAAAGAAGCAAAUAGGAGCAGUGGCAUAUAUUGAAUGCAGCUCCAAGACACGACAGAAUGUUAAGGCUGUGUUUGAUGCUGCAAUCAAGGUGGUUCUCCAGCCUCCAAAGCUGAAGAAACAGAAGAAAAAAAGGAAAGGCUGCCUCAUACUUUAACGGAAUCCAUUGAAGUGAUGCUGAUGUUCUGUUGAUGAUGACUUCCUUCGUGCCUCAGACUUUAACUGAAUCCAUUGAAGUGAUGCUGAUGCUCUGUUGAUGAUGACUUCCUUCUUGAUUGCUCUAUCCGUAAUCUUAUCUGCCCUUCCUUCUCUUCUUUGUGGGAUAUGUUUUUGUUUUUACUUUUGUUAAAUGAAAUACUUUUGUGCUACUUUUCUCAUGUGAUAUAUAGCAAGCUUGAUUCA